AAGAACGCUGAAAUCAUGUCAGGAAAGCCCAAGCUGCACUAUACCAGGGGAAGGGGGAAGAUGGAGUCAAUCCGAUGGCUGUUAGCAGCAGCUGGGGUUGAGUUUGAGGAAGAAUUCAUAGAAACAAAGGAAGACCUAGAAAAAUUACGCAAUGAUGGAGUCCUGAUGUUUCAGCAAGUGCCUAUGGUGGAGAUCGAUGGUAUGAAGAUGGUGCAGACCAGAGCCAUCCUCAGCUACAUAGCAGGGAAAUACAACCUCUAUGGGAAGGACCUGAAGGAGAGAGCCUGGAUUGAUAUGUACGUGGAGGGAACAACAGACCUGAUGGGAAUGAUCAUGCAUCUACCUUAUCAACCAGCUGACACAAAAGAAAAGAAUCUUGCCUUAAUCAUUGAACGAGCUACAACCAGGUACUUUCCUGUUUAUGAAAAGGCCUUAAAAGACCAUGGGCAUGAUUAUCUUGUUGGCAACAAAUUGAGCUUGGCAGACGUCCAUCUGCUGGAAGCCAUUUUAAUGGCAGAAGAAUGUAAGCCUGAUAUACUGUCUGCGUUCCCUCUGCUACAGGCUUUUAAAGGAAGAACAAGCAACAUUCCAACAAUCAAAAAAUUCUUGCAGCCUGGCAGCCAGAGGAAGCCACCAACAGAUGAGAAGUUAGUUGCUGUUGUGAGGAAGAUAUUCAAUUUCUAAUCACGUGGCUGCUGAAGAUACCACAGCUGUAGUAUAUUACCAGAGCAGUGCCGUGUAAGUGUAAACCGCAUAGAUGUGUCCUUUGUUU